CCCGGGCGCUCUGGGCGGGUAAAAUGGCGUCCGGCGACUGAUUUGCCCAAAUUCCCUCCAGCCGUCGCUGAGAUCCCGGGGCGGGGGGGAUCCUGCUUCCCUCUCGGCGGCCUUCCUCCUCUCCCCCGCCCCUGGAGAGCCCCCCUUUGCUUUGGAGGGGUGUCUUUGUUCCCUUCGGGGAGGAGAGGGAGGAGGAGGAGGCGUUGGGUCUCCUUCCCAGGAUACCCACCACCAUCAGCAUCACCAGCAUGUCGGACUCAGAAGAGGACUGCCAGGACAGGCAGCUCAAGAUCGUGGUGUUGGGGGACGGCACCUCUGGGAAGACCUCCUUAGCGACGUGUUUUGCUCAAGAAAGUUUCGUAAAACAGUACAAGCAAACUAUAGGAUUGGAUUUCUUUUUGAAAAGGAUUACCUUGCCAGGAAACCUGAAUGUUACCCUUCAAGUCUGGGAUAUAGGCGGCCAGACGAUAGGAGGCAAGAUGUUGGAUAAAUACAUCUAUGGUGCACAGGGAGUGAUCCUGGUGUAUGACAUUACAAACUCACAAAGUUUUGAGAACUUAGAGGACUGGUACACUGUGGUGAAGAAAGUGAGCGAGGAAUCCGAAAUGCAGCCGCUGGUGGCCUUGGUGGGCAAUAAAAUUGAUUUGGAGCAUAUGCGAACAGUGAAGCCUGAAAAACAUUUACGGUUUUGCCAGGAAAAUGGUUUCAGUAGCCACUUUGUCUCAGCAAAGACAGGAGACUCUGUCUUCCUGUGUUUUCAGAAAGUUGCCGCUGAAAUCCUUGGAAUCAAAUUAAACAAAGCAGAAAUAGAACAGUCACAGAGGGUGGUGAAGGCAGAUAUCGUCAACUACCACCAGGAGCCCAUGUCAAGGCCGGUGAAUCCUCCUCGAAGCUCCAUGUGUGCCGUUCAGUGAGCAAGAGAGUCUGGCUGCCCAUCACCUCUGAGGACCCGAAGCAACUUGUUGGACCAGAGACCACAUCUCUGCAGCACUCUUGACACUUUCCUGCCCACCUGCUUCUUCCCCCUGCAGCUGCUGGCAGUCCCUUGGAUCGGGGUCAUGCUGAAUUCAGAAGCAAAAGAAGGCCCAGUCUCUGGACUUAGGCUGCCUCAGUGCAAAGAAUAAUGUUUCUCGCCAUGUCCUCAUUCCUCUUUUCUCUGAUGAUGUGAAUGUUUUUAAACAAAGAAGAAGUUUGCUACACCCAGCUCAUCAGUUGGGCUUAUGCCUUGGCACCAUUUGAUCCUCUGGUCUGAACUCAACACACAACAAAGUAGACCUUUAAAUCAGUAAUAUAUUUUAUCUACAGAUAAUUCAUAUGGCUUUCUUUUCCUACCUAUUGUGAGAAAAAAAAAAAUAUAUAUAUAUAUAUGAAGCUGGAUAUAACAACAUGCUUGAAAUAAAGCUGUCAUAGAACUAUUUUUUUCAUUUUUUUUAAAAAGUAGCUCAUACAUUAGUAUUUGAUAAUGUAUUUUUAUUACUGUGUUACAGUCAUUGCUCAUUAGUAAGACUCAGGUUCUUUGGCUUUAGAAAUCUGGAUAAAUGCUCAGCAGAUGGGCGCAGGGACUUUCUGCUACUCGCAGAUGAGUCAUGACUGUUGUUGAAAUCAUUGUGGAUCGGAUCAGACUGUACCUGAUGUUUCUCUCCUGCAGAUAAUAAAUUUAUUUAAAUUA